UUAUUCUUUCCCCCCUUCUUAUAUAUAUCCAUACAUUUAUCCUUUUCUCUUUCCAUGAUUGCAUACACCAAAUACACUCAGCGAUUGUGUAAACCUGCGUGCGUUUCCUUUGAACCAAAACAUAAAGCAAACCAAACCAAAUUCUUAAUUUUGGUUGCUUUGUUCACCUGUGUUAGUUACAGAAACCAUAAGUUGCAAUUCUAUAAAAGUGGGUCAGAAUCUUGGUUCUUUCUUCAUUCAUGGUUUUCCUCCUUCUUAAGUUUUCAAAAACUUCAUGAACACUUCUCAAAAACCCUUCUUUUUUACAUUUUCCACUAGUGGGUGCUUUCAAAUUUUCAUAUAUUAGUGUUACAAUUUGAUCUGAAUUUUCAAAAUAAGAGAAUGUUGGGUUUGAAAUCAAGAAACCCUGGAAUGUUUCCGGCAGCAAAAGGCGGAACUUCCUCCCCCGGUGGUGGUGGUGGUAGUAGGGAGGCCGGUGUGGCUGCUUGGGAACUCAGGCCAUGUGGAAUGUUGGUGCAGAAGAGGAACUCAGAUGUUACUCAAAGUCAAACCCUAGUUCCUACCAUUAAAGUCAAAGUCAAAUUUGGUUCAUCUUAUCAUGAAGUCAACAUUAAAUCUCAAGCAACUUUUGGAGAAUUGAAGAAAAUGUUAGCAGGGCCAACAGGAUUAAAUCCGUUGGAUCAAAAAUUGGUAUUUAGAGACAAAGAAAGAGACUCCAAAGCAUAUUUGGAUGUGGCAGGUGUCAAAGACGGAUCAAGAAUGGUACUCUUUGAUGAUAUAUUGAGUCGAGAAAAAAGACUUCUUGAAAAUCUCCAAUCUAAGAAAAUGAAAAAAUCUGAAAAGGAAAUUGUCGACGUCACUAUAGAAAUUGAUAAGCUUGCUAAACAGGUUGGUAAUCUGGAAAUAGAGAUAUAUAGCGGAAAGAAAGUGGUGGAGAAAGUUUUGUUGAAUUUGAUCGAGUUGUUGAUGUCACAAUUGAUCAAACUAGAUGGAAUAAUAGCUGAUGGGGAUGUGAAAUUACAGAGAAGAAUGCAGGUAAAGAGAGUACAAAGAUAUAUAGAAAAUCUUGAUGUGUUGAAGAUUCGAAAUUCCAAAAAUGGAAGGAAUGGCGAUUGGGCUAACAUACAAGCUCCGUCGCAGCGACACUCAAAUAAGAUUUCAUUUGAGCAAAAACUCAUGACACCAAUGGAAAGGCAGCGAGACUCGAUGAAGUGGCCAAUCGUGGCCACGGCUGAAUGGGAGAAAUUUUGAUUUGGGAAAUUUACCAAGGAAAAAUCCAUCAAAGAAAGAGCUAAAGAGUGAGAGUUGCAAUGAAUUCUUUAAAUUUAUUCUCUUUUGGUAUUUUGUAUGUUCUACACGUCUAUUAUCUCUCUUGUUUGGGAGUAAAUAUCGUUUCAAAUGACGUUCCUAUGUUGUAUAUAUACCCAUGAUAUGGUGGACAAUCAAGAGUUACUUUCUUAUUAUUCAA